AGUGAAACUGAAACAAGCCAAACAAAUUUCAACAAAAGUUUUUUAAAAAAAGUGAAAAAGAGGAAAAUUGAAGCACGAUGAAUGAAAAUCGUAAACGAGUACGUUCGGAAGAAGAAAACCUAGGUCUGCAGUUGAAGUGCUUUAUAAACCAACGACGUGUAGAUCAAACGGACGAUGCCUUAAUGAAGAAAGUUUAUGAAAAAACAUUGAAAAUGAUCUAUGAAGGAGCUUCGAGUGAAAAAACUGAGAAAACUGAGAAAACUACAGAAAUUUCCUAUGAUAAGGAAUUCGAAAAGCCGCCACCAAAAUCUGUUGAUUGUGUUUAUUGCUGGAGGAGUGUUGAGGGAAAAUAUUUAUGUAAAAAUUGCAAUCUCCACUCAUGUGAAAGAUGUGUCGUGGACUGCAUUGGUUGUGAAGAAAAACUAUGCAAUGGCUGUGUGAAAAUCUUCGGCUGCUCUGUAGAAGAAAUUCCAACAUGUGAAGACUGCAAAGCUUAUCUUUAUUAAGUUUUUUUUAAAUGCAUAGGUAUUUACACUCUUGUAGUGUUUAUACAUGAAUUAAUAUAUUUAACAUGAUAUGCGGCAAUUAUAUCGUUACACCAAAGCGUGCUGUGCUGUUUGCUCAUAGUUUGAUAGAAAUAUUUAUUUUUAAAACAAACUUAAAAAGAUGCCAAAAUAAAAAUCGAAGAAAAAAAAUCGUUUGGAUUUAUUAAGAGAAACAUCUUUUGAAUAAAUAGAAAAAUAUUUCAAUAAAGGAAAUCA